AUGACCUGGUCCUGUGUGGCUCUGUGUGGCUCUGUGUGGCUCUGUGUGGCUCUGUGUGACUCUGUGGGGCUCUGUGUGGCUCUGUGUGGCUCUGUGUGGCUCUGCAUGGCACUGCGUGACUUUGUAUGGCUCUGUGUGGCUCUGUGUGACUCUGUGGGGCUCUGUGUGGCUCUGUGUGGCUCUGUGUGGCUCUGUGUGGCUCUGUGUGGCUCUGCAUGGCACUGCGUGACUCUGUAUGGCUCUGUGUGGCUCUGUGUCACUCUGUGGGGCUCUGCGUGGCUCUGCGUUGCUCUGUAUGGCUCUGUGUGGCUCUGCGUGAAUUUGCGUGGCUUAGCGUGGCUCUGUGUGGCUCUGUGUGGCACUGUGUGGCUCUGCGUGGAUCUGUGUGCCUCGGACAGGCUCUGA